AUGACCCAACGUGCGUCGCCCAAAGCCCCUGAUCCGCAAACACCGAAAAGGGCUGUAGGUGGCUCGGUUGGCGAAGUGGAGGGAUUUGCGGAACCACUACGCGGGAAGCGGACACACACAACGCCCACAACAACCCCACGACCGACUGCGAAACACGUGGUUGCCUUCUGCGUCAGCUGGCACCUUGGCCAAUGGUGUUCUGGCUACCGUGCGUGCCCCGGCAGCAAACCAAUGGCUAUCAGCCACCAACGCGUGUUGUGCCAAAUUCUCCGGCGAGUGUGCUCCAUAGCCUCCCCGAAUGUGCUCUCUUACGCACCCCUCAUAGUUGUUCUUCCCGUAUGUAUCAAUAUGAUAGGGAGAUCUGUCCAUCACCUUCUCAUUUUCAUCCUGCCACUGUUGACCUCUGCAGAGCAUGGAACCAACCAGAGAACUGCUUCAUUCGAAAUGCAGGAAGAGACGGAAUUGAACACAACGAUCGGAUCUCUUCGAGAAAAUCUGUCCCCCUAUCCAGGGUCGAAGGUUGCUUUCAUGUACUCAGGUGAUUUUUUCCGCAUAGACUGCCACACCGGAGAGGUCAAAGUUGCUGUUGUACUUGAUCGCGAAACCGUAUGCCAAGAGCACAAGAUAUGCUGUGGUGUCAUCGACUGUACUCUCGUCGACAAGGUCUACCUUGUUUAUGCAGAAAGUCGGGACUACAUCGCGACUAUUCUACUUAAGGUCGAUCUGACUGAUAUUAACGAUAAUCGACCGGUCUUUGGUUCUCAUCUUCAAAGAGUGAAUAUAUUAGAGAAUUCAGAAGUUGGCAGGUACAUCGGGCUGCGGUCGGCCACUGAUGCUGAUGUGAAUCCAAAAAAUCAGGUAAAUCGGUAUCAGUGGAUAGAACCAACAGGAACGUUUAUCCUUGACCAAAACAAUCUUCCUUCGAUUCGACUUCGUCUCAAUUCCCCUGUGGACCGAGAAAUGAGAGCAAAUUACUCAGGAACUCUCUCUGCGUGCGAUAUCGAUUCAUGCACAACCACGGACGUUUUUAUAGAGGUAGAAGAUGUGAACGAUAACUCUCCACAGUUUUACAAACGCCAUUAUCGACUUGAGUCACCUGAGUCCCUUACUGUAGGCUCUACCAUUCUACGUCUGAAUGCCACGGACGCCGAUUCGGGCGACAACGCAAAAAUUGUUUACUCAUUUCGUGAACCAGUUGAUCCCGAUUUAGCCGACACAUUCGAGAUCAUUGCAAAUUCUGGUGAGCUCCGGCUUCGGCGGCCUUUAGAUGCGAAAAUACGCAGCAGUUACAACUUCAAGGUUGUUGCCUGCGAUUCCGUGGCCAGCGAAUGUGCAGGCAAUGAUGCCUCUUCGGCUGACAUCGAAGUGGUCGUGAAGGAUGUGAAUGACAAUCGCCCCGUCAUUGAAAUUAUCCCUGCGGGUGACUAUACCUCCUCUACCGGCGACCUCGUAGUCCAGGAAAACUUCCCAGCUGGGCAGAUCGCGGUAGUGAAGGUUAAAGAUGCUGAUAUUGGUGAGAACUCAAGAACAGCUUGUGAACUUGACGAUCAUACAUCUCCGUCUGUUUUUGAUCUAUCCCAAAGCGCACCGGAUCUCUACUUUCUUCGAACAAUGCGCUCAUUUGACUUCGAGCAGGAGUCAGUCCUGACAACGACUAUCCGAUGUCGAGAUUUCGGUACCCCUCCUCUAAGCUCUGUGCGUACUCUCACGCUUCGUGUACUGGACGUCAAUGAAUACGCGCCCGAAUUUCAUCAACGGGUGUUUAGCACAAGCGUUCGUGAAAAUUCCCAGCCCGGAGUUGACAUCAUAACCCUCAGCGCCAUCGACAGAGACGGCCAGUCAGAACUCCGUUACAAACUGGCUCCCCCACCACUUCAGCACGCUGAAGGUGAAGACAUUUAUUCUACCGCUGUGUCGCCAUCGUCGACUAACUCGGUCGAAACAAUGGGCGUUAAUGUUCACUUCGAUUUGGAUCCGAAAACAGGCGUGCUUCGAACGAGUCGGAUGGUCCACCGCCACAGCCUCAUUAAAACCACCGCUACCGGCGUGGCUAAGUUUGCUGUGCACGUCGGUAAGUCCACGGCGGAGUAG